UCGUGCUCUCUGCCCCAAAAUGGCCAAGAAAUUGGUUCCACUGCUAAACCCUAAAUCUCUUCUGCUCUGAUACGUUGUGCAAUUCCACCGAUUUCGAGGCUUGUGCCAUUGAUUCCCUGACGAAUUCACCUUACAGCUUCGGGGAAGAAAAGUAAAAUGUCUAAGGACCAAGAAAUCGCCAUUAACGAAGCCGUUCGCAAGCUUCAGCUCGCUCUGCUCGAUGGAAUCACAGACCAGAAACAGCUCUUCGCGGCGGGCUCGUUGAUGUCUCGUUCGGAUUACGAGGAUGUCGUUACGGAGCGCACAAUCGCUAAGCUCUGUGGUUACCCUCUCUGCGGAAGUUCUCUCCCUUCCGAACCUUCUAGAAGGGGAAGAUACCGAAUCUCUCUCAAGGAACACAAGGUGUAUGAUAUGCAGGAGGCUUGCAAGUUCUGUUCCUCUGAUUGUCUUAUCAGUAGUCGGGCGUUUUCGGGGACUCUAGCAGAGGCUCGGUGUUCGGUUUUCGAAUCGGUGAAGCUGAACGAGAUUUUGGGUUUGUUUGAAGAUUCAGAAGCGUUGGAGUCCGUGGAUGUGAAGGAAGAUUUAGGAUUGUCAAAGCUGACGAUCCAUGAGAAUGCGGAGUUGAAAGUUGGAGACAUGUCUUUGGAGGACUGGAUGGGUCCUUCCAAUGCCAUUGAAGGUUAUGUUCCGUUAAAUAAGAGCAAUAACAAAUCCAGAAAUCGCAAACAAGAUUCAGGGGCCACUCAGAACAAGCAGAGCAAAGAUGAGGUUUCGCUAUUUAGCGAGAUGGAUUUCACGAGCACUGUUAUUACCAGUGAUGAAUAUAGUGUUUCAAAGCUGCCGCCACAAACAGACAAAGCUUCUUCUGCUGGCAAAUCCGAGGAACUCAAAGGAAAAAGAGUUAUCAAAGAUCCGAGUCAAAGUUCAGUCUCUCCCAAGAAAAAGGAUUCAAGUUAUAGUGGUAAGAGUAAUAAACCAAAGACCAACAAGAAUAUUGGGUUUAGUGAGAUGGAUUUUGUGAGCGAAAUUAUCACUAGCAAUGAAUAUAGUGUUUCUAAACCUCUGCCUCAUUCUAUAGAAGUUCCUCUAGAUAGCCAAGCAAGAGAGGCCAAGGGGCAAAAAUAUCUGGAAACCAUGGAACAGCAAGUUUCUCUAACAGGAUCAUCAUCUGCUUUUCGAGAAAAGGGUUUGAGUGAGAAGCCAAAAGAAUCUGAAAGAAAGUUUAAAUUUGUUGAGAACGUUCCUGAUUCCUGUCAGGAUGGUGCUAUUAUACGCACAGGUGAAUCCUCAGCUCAGAAUAUAUCUUCUUCGAGUGAAACAUCACUUAAACCAUCCCUUAAACCUUCUGGCUCAAAGAAACUUAAUCGCUCAGUUACCUGGGCUGAUGAGAAUGCUGCUAGUGAUGGCCAUGGCAAUCUCUGUGAGUUUCGGGACAUUGAAGGUAGAAAUGAAGGUGUUGAUGCCUUCUCUUGUACAGACAGAGAUGAUGAUGAUGAUAAAGUAUCACGCCUUGCCUCAGCAGAAGCUCUUGCUAGGGCUUUGAGCCAGGCUGCAGAGGCUGUUGCUUCAGGAGAUUCAGAUGCCAGUGAUGCCAUUUCUAAAGCUGGAAUAGUUCUAUUGCCAAACCCACCCCAAGUUGAUGGAGAGAUAUACAAAGUGGAUGAUUCAGAGGAAGAAGAAACACCUGAAUCAGAGCCGACUCUUCUGAAGUGGCCUAAUAAACCUGGGAUUUUGGAUUCUGAUCUGUUUGAUCCUGAUCAAUCAUGGUUCGAUGGACCCCCUGAGGCCUUCAGCCUGACAUUAUCAGCUUUUGCAAUGAUGUGGAACGCAAUCUUUGGAUGGGUAUCGUCCUCUUCUCUGGCAUAUAUAUAUGGGAAGGAGGAAAAUGAACACGAGGAAUUUGUAUGCGUUAACGGGAGAGAAUACCCACGGAAGAUCAUCCUGAGCGACGGUCGUUCCUCAGAGAUCAAGGAGACAAUUGCUGGUUGUCUUGCGAGAUCUUUACCUGGGCUUACUACCGAUCUCAGACUGCCAAUACCGAUAUCUGAGCUGGAAAAAGGACUGGGGAGCUUGUUGGAGACAAUGACAUUCACAGAGGCGAUUCCGGCCUUGAGGAUGAAGCAAUGGCAAGUGAUUGUUCUUCUGUUCAUGGAUGCCCUCUCUGUUUCACGUCUCCCUCUGCUUACCCACUACAUAUCCAACACAAGCAAGGUGUUGGAGGGUGCAGGAAUAGGAACAGAAGAGUACGAGGUAAUGAAGGAUCUUCUGAUGCCCCUCGGCCGCGUUCCUCAGUUUUCCUCACGAAGCGGUGCAUAACAUAAUACUUACUCUAAGGAUACAUCAUCAAUUCCGUUCCCUUUUGUUUGUAAAAAAAAUUGAAUUUCAUAAUGAACCUGAACAACCAAAGAGGAGAUUAGGGUUUAAAAAAAGAGGAAUGGGAUUGCUUGGAAAUUGGUGGCACUAAAUGAUCAGGAGGGAGGAGAUGGGAGUUUUGCUGGAUCUUCCUCAGCCACAGGGGCAUCGUCAUUCUUCACUUCAAACCA